AUGAUGGCAGGGCUGAGGGGAAGACAAGCUCAGGCGGAAAGGUUGAAUAAUGAAUGGGAUGAUCGGCCCUGGAUUGCCCCCGCACAUCACCAAACUAACGUUACUGCGCGGGUUGAAGCCCCGUCUUUUUCUUCUGAUCGUUUUUUUCCUCCGCAACCUACUCCCUGUGACCAGCUGGCAAGCAGACAGUCGCUCCGCAUGUCGGACUUCGACUUUUCGCUCUCUACAACACCUUCUUCUCGAAUACCGGAUCGCCAACCUUUUUUUCUAGAAGAAAAUCUCGAAAGCGCAAUAGCGAGUAACCGCGCCGUUCUUCGUUCUUCUGCAUCCCUUUCUUCCUUGCUCUACCCAACUGAACCGCUCCCAAACAUGAGCAGCAAUCCCACGAAAAUUCCUGACGCAUGGGAUGACGAUUGGGAGAAACUGGCUGAUAAACAAUCCGACGUUCCUGAACAGCCUCCAGAGAAGAAAGUCUCAUCGAAAGUCACCAAGGCUCAGCGGAGAGCAGCGCAAGCGGAAUUCAACCGGCAGCUGUGGGCAGAAGCUGAAUCCGCGCAGACAUUCCACUUCCUCGAAACCAAAUCGGCCGUUCCGCUGAAGCAAGACUUCAAGCCCGCUGUCACCGUCCUCAGUCGCAGGCCACAGAUUGCGUCGCGGCAGGCAGCUGGAGUCGAGUCUGCCACCGCAGGCCUCGCCCGCCUGGGUCUCAACGCAGAUGGGAAGGAUCUUUCAGACUCGGAAGAAGAGGAGACAAACAACAAACCUCCCGAGCUGACUCCGGAAGAGCGCCAGGCGAAAGCACUCAGGGACCUGGAGGAAAAACAGCGCAAAUACGAAGAGGUGCGAGAGAGACUGUUCGGCAGCUCUUCGAAUCCUGGGUCCGGAACGUCGUCCACCGGAAGCACCACGCCGCCACCAUCCAGACAUCAUCAUCACAACAGCGGUGACGGCCGCGGUAGAGGCAGGAAUCGCGGUGGAGCCAGAGACAGAGACAGAGACAACCGGGAGAAGCGGGAUUCCCCGGGAUCGUCAGGCAAAUCGAGGCAGCUCUAUGAUCCAAACUACUCAGCCAAGCCGAACUCGUCGUAUCUACAGAGACGGGAGCGGCCGCAACGCCAGUCCCAGUCCACCGACCGAUCGGACAGCGAGCAGCAGUCUCCGCGCCAGCCUACGCGAAGCCCGCGAGGGCCUGACGGUAGUGGACGUGGUGGAUUUGGAUUCGGUUCCAGAGGAAGAGGUGCUUGA